AUGCUCGCGACCCCCUCGACGCGAAGGUACUCGAGCACAUGGCCACCAAGGGAGACCGACGUCGCGCGCGACGGCGAGGACUUCGGCGAUGUGAACUGGGAGGCGCUCCGCUGCAGGCUGGUUGUUACUGUGCUGGCGCUCGACUCGGAGGCGGGCUUCCGCUCGCACAAGAUCGAGACCAGCCUGCCCAAGGAUCUGAACUGGGAGGGCCGCCUGAAGGAUCGGGAGAUCGGCCGCGGAGGGUCUGAGACCACGACGCCCCACAAGCUCACGCUGGAGCAGGUGCUUGACUUGUUGCCGCCGCCAGGAGUCGCCGCCUCGAUCGAGGCCGCCGACGUCGCGACGGGCUUCGUCCGCGACGCCCUGCUCGACCCGUCGCUGGCGCUGCUGCCGCCUGGGCUGCGCCGCGCGGCCCCCACUUCAGCGCGGGUUUGGGCUGCUGAGGGCGAGUGGCAUCGCAUCGUGGAGGCAUUGCGCGCGCCGUGCAUGAUUGCCGCGAUCCCAGCGAGUGAGAUCGAUCGCCGCGACGGCGCCCCCCUGCUGAACGGCGCCUUCGGUGCCCCAAAGGUCCACGACGCUCCUGUCAAGUGCAGCGAUGGGGAGCUGCGGCCCGUGCUUAGGCCCAUCGCGAAUCAGACCCCGUCGAAUGCGCGCCAGGAGUGCAUCGUGGGGGGCGCGCCCGAGAUGCCGAAGAUGGGCCAGCUCAACGGCCUAGCGCUAACGGAGUCCGAGGACCUGCUGCGGAACGGCGCCGACAGGAAGGAUGGUGGCGCUACUCGCAUCUGCCUGCGCGUGAUCGGGAUGGGCUGGAUCAGCGCGGCGGGGGCCACGACUCACCUUCACGGCAAUAUGCUGCGCUGGAGCAGUUUGGUGCCGCGCGGACUUAGCCCCAGCUGCGAGAUUACGCGACGGCGCCGAUUGCCGCUGGAGAAGCUGCGCGGGACGGUGCCGGCGCUGCUGUCUGACGCGCGGGCUUGUUAUGAAGCGGCUGGCUCGCCUGGAUCGCCGGGCAAGGACCUUCACCGCGCGGUGCGGGCCACGACCUUGGGAUACCUCGCCGAGGUGGCCAGCCUGGCGUUGUGGGUCCUUGGCAAGAAGCGGGCUAGCGUGCGGUUGAUACGCAUCCCCCUUGGCCGAUGGGUGCGGGUGCAUUGCUUCUGCCGCCCGCCAGCUGCGAGCUUCGCCCGCGCUCGGCGCUGGCUCGGCGACCCGCGCUGCGGGGGCCGCUUCAGCGUCAACGUCGCCGAGGUCCUGCUGAUGUGCCUCGCGCUGUCGGGCCUUUGCGCGGCUGACAUGCGGCUCGAGGUCGACCACCUGGCGACGGCGUCGCACGCUGCGGAGGCUGCAGGCGCCGUGGUCUACAGCACGGCCCUCCCUGGCCGCGGCCGCGCGCUGGCUGCGAGGCGCCAGCGGCCUGCCAACGCAGCUGCCGAGGGGGGGAACGCCUUGAUCACCGUCUUCGACGGGAUCGGCGGUGGUCGCAGGGCCUUCGGGGUCCUCGGGUUGGCCCCCGUGGUUCACUUCUCGUUCGAGGUGGGCCCCAAGGCGGUGCGCGUGGCGCGGCGCUGUUACCCUGGGACCCAGCACCUUGGGGAUGCGACGGAGGCGGGCGCGCCCUCUUCGGCAGGCCUGCUGCCGACGCGGGGCCGCAUUGCGCGAGCGUUGGUCAUCGGCGGUUUCCCCUGCCAGGUGUUCGCGAGCCUCGACGUGGACCGCCGGGGCUCGUCGGACCCUCGAGCCUCCCUCAUCGAUUGCAUGGUCGAGCUCGUCGGGGGUUUGCGGACGGCCACGCCUUGA